UUCUCUUAUAUUUUAAAUUAGGUAUAUUUGUUGAGGAGCUUAAGAUGGAGGAGAUAAGUAAUCAAUCAUUUUCAGUGACGGCGUCCAACAACAAUAGCAAGCCCACUUAUCCAGAAAACUACGAGGCGUGCAUGGAUAUCCUCCUUUUGAUUAAGAAGGGAUAUGAAUUUGCAAAGAAGUUGUCAUUAGAAGGAACGAAGCUUUUCUCAAAAACGAAGAAAUCUCCAACAGAAAGCCCGCGAGGGGAUGCAGAGAACCAACAAGCAACCAGAAGCCGAAGCCAUGAAUUAGUUCCUUCAAAUUACGACACGUGCUUUGACAUCCUCAAAUUUGUGUCCAAGGCAAUGUUAGUCGUACUUGGAUUUGGUUCAUCGGAUAUAAGAAAAUUGGAGGAUAAAAAAAAGAAGCAUAGUUCAUCUUGA